CGAUAACCCCCACGCUCUCCUUGCGACGCGCCUGUUCCCCUCCUUGCCGACAGCUAAUCAUACGCUCUCGUCGGGGAGAUGGAAUGUAACAGCCGUGGUCGAGCCAAAAGGACCAGUGGAGAGAAAGGAUGCAGAAGGAAUUCCUGGACCGUUGCGUUUAGAAAGUAUUUACCCAACAAUCGUACCUGACCCUUAGAUCACUCUAUCGCCUCGUGUUCAGUCAUUCAACUGGAAGGUUGCUGCAACUAUAUAAAAUCACGUAUCCCCGCCCCUCCUGGCCCCAUAACUACAGUCCUUGUGGAACCGCACACUGCAAUAUACUGCAAGCCAUCAUGUCCCUUGUCUCCGACCCCCAACCCCCCUAUCCUCUCCAUGAGUCCGUGAAACACCUGCUGGACCCCGAAUAUGUCAACUUCUACAAUAAAUAUGUAGCCAACUUGCAGCAAGUCCACCGCCAACCGGUCGCUGCCUCCCGUACAGGCGGCGUCUUGAUCCCGGGUGGCGGGCCCCUCCUCGACGUCGGUAAGACUGAGGACAUUACCAUCCCGCGUCGUGAGACGGAGGGUCCCGAGAUCCUGUUGCGCGCCUUCACUCCAAGCGGGGAGAAGCCCGCCGCGGGCUGGCCCGUCAUGCUUUACUUCCACGGCGGAGGCUGGGUUCUGGGAAACAUCAAUACUGAAAACCCAGUGUGUACGAACCUGUGUGUUCGGGGGGAAUGCGUGGUAGUGACCGUAGAUUACAGACUGGCCCCCGAAAACCGCUGGCCGGCCGCCGUUCAUGACUGCUGGGAGGCCCUCCUCUGGCUGAUCACGGAGGGCCCUGCCCGACUGGGCGUCGAUAUCUCGAAGAUGGCCACGGGGGGUUCCUCAGCUGGAGGCAACCUCGCAGCCAUCAUCACGCACAAGGCGCUGACGCUCUCCCCGCCGGUUCACUUCCUCGCCCAGCUUCUCUCCGUCCCCGUCACCGACAAUACGGCCACCGUGGCCAACAACGAAUCCUACCGUCGCUAUGAGCACACUCCGGCUCUGCCCGCCCUCAAGAUGAUCUGGUAUCGCGAGCAUUAUCUCCCCAACGAGGCCGAGCGCACCCACCCCGAGGCUAGUCCGUUGUUCUACAAAGGGGACUGGUCGAAGCUGCCGCGCGCCUUGGUCAUGGUUGGCGAGCUGGACGUUCUCCGCACUGAAGGCGAGCAGUACGCUGAGAAAUUGGCCCAGGCGGGGGUUCCGGUUGACUUGCAGGUCAUGAAGGGCAUGCCGCAUCCUUUCCUGGCUAUGGAUGGUGUGUUACAGGAAGGAAAGCGCAGCAUCACGUUGAUGUGCGAUCUGCUGAAGGACGUUUUUGGAAACGCGUGAUUCCGCAAGUUAGAAGAAUAGAGACGAUAUAUGAUGGCGUGGUCAUGCCUUCGGUCAUGAUGGGCGAGGCUCGGAGUGGGAUUCUCUCAAGGCUGUUGUAGCGAUUUUCCGAUCAAUGUAAGAGACGGUAG